AUGUGGUGCUCACACACUUUCACCUGGAGGAAUCCGCGAUGGUCGCCGGCCGGGCGGACAAAACAGCUUCCCCUGAGUGAGUUCAGCUACAGGACAGAGAAGUGGAAAACUGAACAACCUGCUGACACUCCAAACACUGAAGCUUCACUCGAAGAAAAAAUGGAUUCCAGAUUAGAGGUAGAUCUUUGCUGUCCGGUCUGUCGUGAUGUCUUCAGAAACCCUGUUUUUCUCUCAUGUAGCCACAGCUUCUGUGAAGACUGUCUGCAGAGCUGGUGGAGAGAGAACCCAACACAGGAGUGUCCAGUCUGUAAGACAACAUCCUCAAAUGCAAAACCGCCUUGUAACUGGGUGUUAAAGAACCUGUGUGAGGCCUUCUUACUGGAGAGAGAUCAGAGAGCUUCAGAGGCUCUCUGCAGUCUGCACUCUGAGAAACUCAAACUCUUCUGUCUGGACCAUCAGCAGCCAGUGUGUCUCAUCUGCAGAGAUUCAGAAAAACACAUCGACCACAAAUUCAGACCCGUCGAUGAAGCUGCACGACAACACAGGAAGGAGCUUCAGGAAACUCUGGAGCCCUUAAAGGAGAAGUUAAAGGUUUUUGAAGAAGUUAAAGAGGAGUGUGAUCAAAUGGCAAAACACAUAAAGCUCCAGGCGCGACGCACAGAGUCACGGAUCAAGGAUCAGUUUAAGAAGCUUCACCAGUUUCUAGAAGAGGAAGAGGUGGCCAGGUUGGCUGCACUGAGGGAGGAGGAGGAGCAGAAGAGUCAGAGGAUGAAGGAGAAGAUGGAGGCACUGAGCAGAGAGAUAGCAGCACUUUCAGACACAGUCAGAGCCACAGAGGAGCAGCUGAGAGCUGAACACGCCUCAUUCCUGAUCAACUACAAGGCUGCAGUGGAAAGAGUCCAGCAGCGCCCCCUGCUGGAUGAUCCACAGCUGCUCUCAGGAGCUCUGAUAGACGAGGCCAAACACCUGGGCAACCUGAGCUUCAACAUCUGGAACAAGAUGAAGGACAUGGUCUCCUACACUCCUGUGAUUCUGGACCCAAACACUGCUGGUCCAUUAAACGGCCUGUCUGAAGAUCUGACCAGUGUGAGAGUAGGAGAGGAACAGCUUGAUCUUGAUAAUCCAGAGAGGUUUGAUAAACACCGCUUUGUCCUGGGCUCUGAGGGCUUUAACUCAGGGACUCACAGCUGGGAUGUCAAUGUUGGAGACAGUACAGGCUGGUCACUGGGUGUGUUAGCAGAGUCUGUCCAGAGGAAGGGAAGCAUAGAGUCUGGAUUAUGCAGAAUAGGGUUCUAUCAAGGUAAAUACUCAUGGUCAGAUCCAGCCACUGUUCUCGUAGUGCAGCCAGAGGUCCAGAGGAUCAGAGUGACUCUGGACUGGAACAGAGGAAAGCUGUCGUUCUCUGAUGCUGAUACUAACACACACAUUCACACCAUCACACACACUUUCACUGAGAAGAUGUUUCCAUUAUUUACCAGUUGGGAUAAAGUCCCACUGAAGAUAUCACCAGUGAAGGUGUGUGUGACAGUGGAGCAGAGCAGUUAGAGAUAAAGAGGAUGAUUAUAUUAAUGAUGUUUAUUUCUUAACCUUUGUGUUAUCCUUGAUUUUUUCAGAAAUAUUGGUUUUGUUCAACCAAAUUGCCCAAAAAUAACUUGGAUGCAUGGAUGCCUGCUAAUCCAGAGAGGUUUGACAUAUACUGCUCUGUCCUGGGCUCGGAGGGCUUUAACUUUGGGACUCACAGCUGGGAUGUCAAGGUUGGAGACAGUCUGGUCACUGGCUGUGUUAGAGCGGUCUGUCCUGAGGGAGGGAUUUGUACAGUCUGGCUUAUGGAGAAUAAGGUACUAUUUAGGUAGAUACGCAGCACAGUCGCCAGUAGAUCCAUCUGUUACUCUCAUAGUGCAGGAGAAGCUCCAGAGGAUCAGAGUGACUCUGGACUGGAACGCACAAGAGCUGUGUUCUCUGAUGCUGAUACCAACACACACUUACCACCCUUUCACUGAGAGGACGUUUCCAGUCAUUUUCACUGGGGAUAACGUCCCAGUGAAGAUAUUAAAAGUAAAUGUGCAUGUGAUAGUGGAUGACAACAUUUAGAGAUAAACAGGAUGAUUCAUUUGAUGUUUAUUUCUUCAGUGGAAUUUCUUCAUGAUUACAAAGACAUGUUAAUUUCUAUUUCACCUGAUUGUUUAGUUUUAAAAUCUGCUUUUUUAUCUAUUGUUCAUGUUUUAAUUAUUUUGAAGAAAAGUUAUAUAAAGAAAAGUUAUUCAAAAACUGCAUGUUUAAGCAGCCAAUCAGUGUUGAGAUCAAGAAAUAUUAAACUCUAGUCGAGAUUUAAGUUACGUUAAAAUCAAUGUUUAAAUUCUUUUUGUAUUUGAUGUAAUACAGAAGAUGACUAUGUUUCUAAAAGUGUUUCAUUCAGUUUCCAUCAGUUCAAUUCUGCUAAUGUUGGUGAUUUAAAUAACAUUAAUGCUGAAUGUACAUUCAUUCCUGUUUUUCAACAACAUAAUAAAACAUUGCCUU